AAAUUAUAAAUUUUAUAAACAUCAAUUUAUUUACGACAGUGUAAUAUACUGGAGCCGUGAUGGAGUCAGUUCCAAUGAGGUAGCUUCAACGUUGAAAUAAUCGGAUAGAUCCAGUAGAGUGUUGAUCGUAGACUUAACAGCAUACACACGUUUCUCUCGAUUAAAAUUUAUUUUUUUCCAUAAAAAAGAAUUUAAAAAAAAAAUUUCUUUACAAAAAAUUUGUCUGAUUUAAUUAAGUAAUUGGUGGGUUAUUAGCAUAAAUCGUUCUCUUUGUCUCUCACAUGUGUUAAAGUGUGUUAAAUGUGAAUUGUUUCCAUAUGUAUAUUGUUGUCAAUGGAAUUGGUUAUUGAAGUGGAAACCAUUGACUUUUGGUCCACGUAACUAGAAUUAAAAAGUUUGAAAAGAAGAGAAAUAAAAAAAAAAUUAUUUUCAAAAGAAGUGAAGAAAAAAGAUCAAAAAUAAUAAAUGAAUUCGUUCACCAUAAUAGAUAUGAGAUGUUGAAGUUGAUAUGGUUGUAAUUAAUAGUUGUUAUAUUUAUAGCGAGAGGAUUAUUAUCUAAAAGUGAUUUUUCUUGUUGAUAUUAAAGUUAUUGUGAUGUGGUUUCGGUUUUAAAGAGAGAAAAAUAUUUAAUUUUUAUUUUUUCAUUUUCAGUUGCGUAUUAUGUUUUCAAGGACUUGUGCUAAUUAACAAAAUAAAAAAAAAAUGAAAUUAUAGAAAUGAUACAAAUAAACAACAAAACAUUUGUCAGAGACGAAACGAAUGCGUUGGUUUUAUCGUCAGUGUCGAAAAUAUUGUUUCAAAAUAGAAAACCCAGUGCCGAAUGAACUACUCUUAUAUCGAUUAACCGCAGAAAAUGUAGUGAAUAAAAUUUAAUAUCGAAAAAUUCAACAGAUAAAUAAAUUCUACCAACCAACAACAACAACAACAACAAAACAAAAUUGGUGUUGAAAGAGUCGCAACUUUAGUUGAAUUGGAAAAGUAAAUGUGUGUUAUGAAUUAAUAGCAUAAAAUCUCAAUAUUAUUUUUGUAUGCGCAAAAAGGUUUUAAGCGAGAUACGGUGUGUGGAUCACUUUGCAAAUGAAAUAAAAGUAAAAAGUUUUGUUGUUUUUCUUAAAAAACCAAAUUAUUUUUUUUUCGUCUCUCUGUUAAACAUCUCGAUUGAACAUCACAUUAAAAUAUAUCGAAAGUUGUAAUGACAUGGUACGGGCCAUUGCGGAUUUUGUGUGUGUGUUGUGUCUGUAUAUGUGUCAUUAUUGUUCCAUUCUAAAAUUGGCUUUGUUCAUCUAAGGAUUUAAAGAGAACAUACAUUCAUAUACACCUUGGUACUGGGCCGAUCGCCAAUCACAAAUGAAUACUUUGCCGUCGCAAUAAAAACAUAUUUCACAGAAACCGAAACAGAAACAGAAACCGUUACCAGUAAAACCCAUUCGAUUCGUUGUCUUCCAUUGAAAAGUGUCAUAUCAACUGGUGGUGAUUGAAUGAUAUUUAACAGAUUUCUGAAGAAAGAAAAUGAUCUGCGCAAAUUUGAGAAAAACAUCAAAAAAAACAUUUCCAAACCCAAUAAAGCAGUACAUUACCAGGAGCGCUGCGAUCGACCAUGCGCGCUUGGCUAUUUGUCCUCGCAGUGCUGGCGACUUUUAAAGAAAUAGUGCAAGUUGCUAGCACAGAUAAUCUCGAACCAGACAAAUUGGAACAAAUUGAGAAAUCAUUAAUUUCAUUGCUGGGAAUGGAACGACGACCGAAAAUAAUUGAUCGAACGAAAAUUGUUAUACCAGACGAACUACAAGAUAUAUUCAACGAAAUGAUGACUGGCCAUUAUGCAAUGGAUUCAGUUAGUUUACCGAUGCCAGGUGUUCAUGCCAAGUCAGCCAAUACGAUUAGGUGUUUUCAACAUGAAGGCAGCAAAAUUGACAACCGAUUUCUGGAGCACCACAAAUUUCGAUUAUUUUUUAAUGUAACGACAAUACCUCAACAGGAGGCUCUGAAAGCUGCCGAACUUACACUAAGCCGAAAAGUAAUAUCCCACGAUAAAAUGCGCAAUCACAGAUUACUGGUGUACGACAUCAUCAAGCCUGGCAUCAAAGGGAAAACCGAUCCCAUAUUUCUACUGUUAGACGUCAAAACCGUAAAAACAGAUAGCGGCGAAUCGAUCAAGCUGGAUGUACUGCCAGCUGUGGAACGAUGGCUGAAAAAGCCCAAAAAUAACAACGGACUGCUGGUUCAGAUCACGUCCGGUAAAAGCAAUAAAGCUCCACUCUAUCGGCACAUACGAUUGAAACGGAGCACCGAAGAUAUGGAUGAUGAUUGGGAACAGCAACAGCCGUUCCUGUACACAUACACCGACGACGGUCGGAACAAGCAACGUUCCAUACGGGAAGUGAUUGCUACCAGACACAAGCGUGCGACAACGCGAAGGCAGCACCGAAGAAAAGAUGGCCGACAGAUUUGUCAACGAAAGCCACUCUACAUAGACUUUACCAGUGUGGGAUGGAACGAUUGGAUAGUGGCGCCGCCAGGAUAUGAUGCGUAUUACUGCGAAGGCGUUUGUCCGUUCCCAUUGACCGAUCAUCUCAAUUCGACGAAUCAUGCCGUCGUACAGGGUUUGGUUAAUUCGGCCGAUAAAAAAAUUGUUCCUGGACCGUGUUGCAUACCGACCCAACUGAAUCCCAUAUCAAUGCUGUAUUUAGACGAUCAGAACAAAGUAGUGCUAAAAAAUUACCAAGACAUGAUGGUCGUCGGAUGUGGCUGCCGGUGAAAAUGGUAAACAUUUUUGUUGUGUUGUGGCGCGGGGGGCCUACUGAAUUGUUUAUAAAUAUCCAAAUUAUAUAUAGUCGCAUGUAAAUAGAACAAACAAACAAACAAAAUGAAUACAAAAAAGCCAAAUCGGCACAGCCGAAGAAUUUAGUGUAAUAAUGCUUACUGUAGUGUGCA